AUGGCUAGGUCCAGGCAUUGUGGAAUGAAUGGGGUGAGACCAGUGGAGCACACAAGAUCCAGUGUGUGGCCUUUGGAGUGGGUGGGUCCUUGGACAUGCUGUGUGAUGCUGAAGCAGUCCAGUAGUGAUAGAAAUUCGGAGGUGAGUGUGCAGCUGGUGGAGUCAACGUGGAUGUUGAAGUCUCCCAGGAGAAGUAUGGAAGAAGACCUGGAGCAGAUAGAGUACAAAACGUACAAAAUCGAAAAGGAGGAUCAGAGCAUCUAUUCUUUCGUUUUCAACGACAUCAUGGGAAUUGAGAAAAACCUGGACCAUGGAGUCAAUGUGGACGACCUAAAACUGGCUCUGCAGGGACAUAUGAAGGACAAUUACAAGUUCAACCCUGUCAGCCCACUGACACAGAACGAUCCGGGCUACAACUCCAAUCCCUCUCUGGAUGACAAAGUCCACGUCAUGGUCGGGGUCAUUCCUGCUGACAGUGUGUCUCUGUUAAGUGAUGAAGUGGUGCAGAAGUUAAGACAACUCAGAGCAGCUGCCACUGAACUGGAAAUUCCCCAAAUGGCCAUUCUCACCAAAGUGGACCAGGCCUGUCCUGAGGUGAAAAGAGAUAUUAACAACCUACACAAGAGCAAGUACCUGAAGGAGCAGGUGGAAAAAUUCAGCUACUUGCUGGGAUUACCAGUUAACUGCAUCUUUCUACUGAAGAACUAUGAAUCAGAAAUUGACACCAGUAAUGAGAUCAGUGUGCCGAUCCUCGCCGCCCUCAAACAGAUGAUGAACUAUGGAGACGACUACCUGAAUGACCAUUAA